GUUUUGCUAGGCAUUAUACAAACAUCCGAGUUCACAGCGACAUAUACCAGAACACGAAUGCAUACCGACGUGAUUACACAGUCACUCAGUUGACACGACUAGCACGCAGUAAGUCGCCCAUACAGACUUCCGGGAAGAGUAAUUUAUGAUCGCCAAGAAUGUCCAAUAUGGAAGACGAAUAUGACUUCUCUCACCCCGAGAGAGGCGUGGCUGUCAUUAUCAACAAUGAGGCGUUCUCCACACCGGGGCAAGAAGAAUCCGAUGACCGUGCGGGUUCGUCAUAUGAUGCUGAGGCAUUGGAUACCAUGUUCACUGGGCUUGGGUUCAAAGUUCACAGAUACGACAAUCUCACGUCAUCAGCAAUGGUUGAGACACUGACAGCAAUCGCUGACAUGGAAAUUCACUCAAAGUCCGAUUGUUUUGCGUGUGCUAUUCUGUCCCACGGUGGCGAUGCCGUGAUCCCUGACAACACCCCCGGGGCAGUGCUGCUGGAGCGCCAGGAUUACGUAUUGGGAGUUGACGGUGGGGUUGUGUUGGUAGCCAGCAUCAUCAGCAUCUUCAGCGAUACACGAUGCCCGGGACUAGUGGGGAAACCCAGGCUAUUUUUCUUCCAGGCCUGUCGUGGAACCAAUAUGGAUUCUGGGGUAGGUGUCAAAGUGAGAAAGACCAAGGUUAACCCGGAUGUGAGAACUCCGCGGGAAGGUGAUGGGGCUGAACAGACUGACCACAAGGAUGCCGAGGAAGGUAACGUCGACAUAGAGGACAGCAACGUAGAAACCAAUUACGACAGCGACAUUGACAACACUGACAGCAUAACCCUCCGCCCAGUGCUGUCUGUCUCCCCUUCAAACAUCAACAAGGAUAUCCUGGUGAUGUACGCAACGCCUCCAGGUUUCUAUGCAUGGCGGAGGGACACUGGUGCGUGGUUUACACAGAGUCUUCGGACGAUUCUAACACCGUAUAAUGCAACGUACUGGUCACUCACAACGUUGCUGACCCAUGUAAAUAAAAGGGUAGCAGUAUGGUAUGAAUCAUCGUACCCAGGCGAUACUUCCAUGAACGAAAAGAAGCAAGUUCCUUGCAUCACCCACAUGCUGACCAAGGACGUGUAUUUCAGACCAAAAAACAUGAAGCAUUCGACUUUGGUUUAGUUUUAUACGAUGGAUCAUGAGUAUCCAUGUGAUAAGACGCUGUAACCCGCUGUUGCGUCCCUUAGUUACAAGGAUCUGCUGACUUGAUUAAAUUAUCGUUGUGUGAUACCAUUAAGUUCUUUUAGUGAUUAAUCACAUACAGUAAACUACGUUUAUAACGAACACGAUUACAACGAAUUGGCGGAUAUAACGAACUGUUGUUUUUUGUCCCGGCUAUUGGCGGUAUCCUUUAGUUGAAACGCUUAUAACGAUCUACGGUUAUAAUGAACAGAAAAUAUUGGUCCCUUUGAGUUCGUUAUUACCGUAUUUUACUGUAUUCUUAUUUUGAUGAUAUUAAUAUCGUCCUAUCCAAAUACCUUUGGAUAUUACAUGCGUAUUCUCUGAAUAUUGUAU